AUGACCGAAGACAGCUGGAAACGUGUAGUUAGGCCCGAUGGCUCUAGCUCGGAAACUCCAACUCAAACUAGUGAGCCGGCGCUCGUGCUAGGGAAAGAUGGUAAGCCGUGUCGUUCGUGUAGCUCGAGCGCUGCUUUUUCCUCCUGGGUCACACAGACGAAGAAAGUAACAGAUGGGGCCAGGCCACGCCAACCUAGUCCCGGCUGUCCGCCCGACGUUGAAGCCCUUGGACGCUCCUCGUGGACUCUGCUGCACACCAUGACUGCUAAUUAUCCAACCCAUCCAACGCACAACCAACAGAGAAACAUGUCUCAUUUCCUCCAUUUGUUUGCCCAGUUUUAUCCGUGCUGGGUCUGCGCUGCCGACUUCGAAAAGUAUAUAGAAGUGAACGGUGUGCGUUCUGCAAGCCGCGACGACUUGGGACGCUGGAUGUGCGAGGCACAUAAUGCCGUUAACAAAAAACUCGGCAAGCCCAGUUUCGACUGCGGAAAAUGGGAAGAGCGGUGGAGGACUGGCUGGAAAGAUGGAAGUUGUGACUGA